ACACGAGGGAGUCUGUACAAGCCCGGCUGGCAGUAUGAUGCUAACGCAAUGGAGUUUGCUCACUACAAGGAGAUUUAUAGACGAGGCAAGCAGAAGACUACAACAGGGACUUACAGGGAUUUUGAGCAGUCCGGGAUCUUUGAGGCGCAGACGCAAUUGGAAAAGGUCCAGAAGGCGGAGGAGGACCAAUUGUAUGUGCAAAUUCAGGAGGAAAGGAAGAAAAAGGUGAAACGUCUCGAGGAGGAACUGAGGGCCGAAAUGGAGAGGUCUGUAAGAGACAUGGUGUCCACAUUUGAGAGGUUCUCGCCUCAAAAGGGCAAGACACGGCUGCAGAAGGAGACGGAGAAGCUGGAGGAGACGUACAGGAGAAAGAAAGAGGAAAAGAUUCGGAAGAUGAUUGACCGGUUGAGCAACGAACAGAGAGCCAAGGUGGCAAGUCUCAUACAGAAGCAAAGCCAGGAGAUGUUAAUGUUGAUAGCGGAAAGACUUACGGCUUCUGAAGAUCGAGUGUCCUGUGAUUCUGAUGAACCUUCUCCAACGGCUGACCUUUCAAGGCCACCUCCGGUUGCACCACCUGAAUUCAAAAGGUCACAGCUAAUUAAGUCUGCCAAAGAGUUUGAAAAAAUGGACAACCAUGUUUUCCAGGUUGUCCAGAAAGAAUAUUCAACGUUUACGGAGCUUGUCAAAGACCUCAUUGUUUCCUGCGAGACUGACCUAGAUAAAGCAAGAGCUAUAUUUAGAUGGGUGACCUGGAUUGACCUGAAUGAGUUAGAGGUCGAAGACACCGUCCUCCCAGACAGUCCAAUGGGACUUUUAAGAGGGAUUAAGUAUGGCACAGAAACAUACCAUGAUCUGUGUCGAAGAUUGUGCAGAAAUUCGUGGACUGCCGUCAGCAUUGAUGGCUCAUGGUGCUUCAUCAACUGCAACUGGGGUGCCCGCCACGUCAAAGGAAAAGGGCGCGCGGAUGAAGGUACAUGCUCCAGAAAGAAAAGAGAAGGAAUUCGCCUAGACAGCAACACUCACACACACUACAACAACGUAGAGAUUCUAUAUGAACAUAGCACACCCGAACGCAGCUUGGGACAAAAUGGAGAAAGAAGAGAUAGUUUGGAAAAUCGAGAAAGCAGCGGUGUACCUCAGCUAAACAACGAUGAACUUUAUUGCGGAGCUUCACCCUCAGUGAACAACGGAAUGUGCAGUGCUUUUAGUGGAGGCUCUAUUGGCGGAGCUGGUGGCCACUAUGGGUAUGGUAAUUUUCAGGGCAGCAUGUUUUCUAAUGAAAACCGAAUGAGAACUGAGCAGAUGGGAAAUAGUUACAGUGAUUCCAGAUCAAAGUUACAAGGUCUUUCUGGAAAUACUGACCAGUUCCAGAGUCUGGGUUCUGGCAAUUACACUUCUCCAUACACGGUGGCCAAUGGAUAUGUAGUAAAUCCAGAUCCGUCAGGGAAUCGGACUCACGUGGUUCGAAAACUGCCAACAGAAGGGGGAAGUAACAAAGAGAAUAGAGUUGAAGAUAAUGUUGUUUCCCUUGAUGGAUACGCGGGUAGAUCUUUGUUGGACGCUUUCUACAAUAAAGAUAUAAAAUCAAAAUCGGCAGUUGCACGUCUGUCUGAUGGUGACACUGCAAGUUUUAGUAGCGGGUAUAGUAAAUCAAGCACAGAGAAUAUGUCGCCUUCCAACUCUCCUCUAGCAUCUAUGAGCUCAACUCCACGGUCUGGUGGAGCAUUUGGUAUGCAUUUCGACUCCUCCUCAUCCUCCUCAUCGCAGAAAGAGAGUGAAAGAUUUUCCCCACCGCAGUCGCUGUUUAGGACGUCUCGACAGCAGCAUGAUGCUAACGCUUCUAUGAGAUGUUCAUCUCCUCAAGCAUUUAGAAACAGUUCAGGGUCAGAUAAUUCUGCAAGAUCAUCUCCUCCACAGUCUACAUUCAGAACAACGACUUAUUCUCACAUCAGCUCAUCAAAGACAUCUCCACCUAGUUCCAUAUUCAGAUUUGCCAAUGUGGCUUCAACAUCUGGCAGUUCUUCUCACAUGGCAAGUGGGGUAACUCCAAGUCUUCACCAGGAUGAAUAUUUGAAGCACUCGGAUAGAUUGUCUCCACCUCGUUCAGAUACUGAAAGAUGGAGAAACAGUGACAGUUCCGGUGAUCGCUCAGAACGUCGGGACUCAAUCAGCACAGUUGGUGAAAGCCUAAUCGGUGAAGACCCAGGUACUGAUCUGUCCAAGCAGCCACUCUACUACCAGUGCGAUGAAUUCUACUUCAUCACCGACCCCGAGGACCAUAUCUAUCAACACUACCCAGACGACCCAGCUUGGCAGCUACUUGAAGUCCCUAUAACAAUGUCUGAAUUCUUGGACCUUCCCAUUCACAGUGAACGAGGAGAGGUUACUCUGCAGUUAAAAAUCCCUCGUUUGUUGACUUUUGGUUACACAUUGGUGCCUAGAGAUAAAAGAAUGGUCAGUCAGAAUUCUUUGGAAGGUCGUGUCUUAUUGAGAAUUAUUGGUCAUAAGGCCAUGUUUACAAUUGCUCCUCCGAAACGAGGCAGAUACUACUUCACCGCCUACGUCAAAGAUGAAAGUGGUUCAGAUCUUUUACAGAGUGCAUGUGCUUUUCUAAUCACAUGCAGAGAAGGACGUGAAUCUAUUAAAUCGCCAUAUCCUAAAGUUUCCUUCUUCGGACCGACUAUGGCGAUGGCCAGUUGUGGACUUUUGCCUCAAACACAUAUCGACCCACUUGUGUCAUACAACCACGACGACAUUAACUUUCAAUUUGCUGCCAGUCGGACAGUCCGAUUAUCAUAUUCACUGACAUUUCACUGUCAGCGUGCAGAUGCUGUGGAUGCCGAUCUGCAACGCUAUGCCUUUCUUCGACACCGAGAUGACACAUCCAUGGCACUUCAGGUCCGCUGUCCUCACAUUGGCAAAUACGUCUUCUCUAUCUACGGAGCAAAGUCAGCUAACCCAGAUGAGCCAGACGGACAGUACGAAUGUCUUUUCCGUUAUCUAAUAGACUGUAAGCAAAGUGCGACUAAUAAAAGCCCACUUCCCAGAGCUUGCCACCGAUGGUGCCACAGCCAACUUCUUGAACCCGUCCAAGGCGACCUCAGUACUAACACUAGAGUGACCUUUCGUGUGAGAGCACAGCUUGUUUGUGAUAUGGCCCUGCUAAUGGGAGAUGCAUGGUACCACUUCAGAAACCACGGAGACCAUAUUUGGGAAGCUUGUCUGACAACAAGUUCGACUCCAUGUGUCGCAAAACUUUACGCUAGACUAAACCGAGAAACUGCCAGAUUUUCUCCAUUUUUAGAAUUUCAAAUUAUUAGUAAAAAUUCAUAG